UUGAGAGUCUGGCAGCGCCGGGCAGCUGGGGCCAGGCUGUGUGCAGCGUCCGGCGCGCUCCGCGAGGGGACGCGGCGCGGCAAGGGCCGGGUCGCGGGUUCCAGCCAGUCGAUCCCUAAACGGUUCCCCGGCUCCGAUUUCCGACGGAAGGGUUGGACUGCGCAGCGUUCUGAGGGGGUCCGGAAGUUCGGACAUGGUGACUGAAGGAGGGUGACGUGGUCAGAUAAGGGGCCGGGGGCAAGGGGAAGAGGCUGAGAGCGCCAGCGUCGCGAGCGGAGCUGGGAGGCGCGUGCAGCGCCCGCGGAGGAGGAUCCCCGAGCCCAAGGCAGGUCCUGCCAUGGAGCUGCGCUCCGAGUUGCCCAGCGUACCCGGCGCGGCGACGGCGGCUGCGACAGCGACGGGGCCGCCCGUGGCGUCGGUGGCGUCGGUGGCAGCGGCGGCGGCGGCAGCCGCUUCGCUACCUGUGAGCGUGGCGGGUGGCUUGCUACGAGCGCCGCCGCUGUUGUUGCGGGCUGCGGAGAAGUACCCGCGGACCCCCAAGUGCGCGCGCUGCCGCAACCACGGCGUGGUGUCUGCGCUCAAGGGCCACAAGCGCUACUGCCGCUGGAAGGACUGCCUGUGCGCCAAGUGCACGCUCAUCGCCGAGCGCCAGCGCGUCAUGGCGGCGCAGGUGGCGCUGCGCAGGCAACAGGCGCAGGAAGAGAACGAGGCGCGCGAGUUACAGCUUCUCUACGGCACUGCCGAGGGCCUGGCGCUGGCCGCCGCCAACGGCAUCAUCCCGCCGCGACCCGCCUACGAGGUCUUCGGCUCUGUGUGCGCCGCCGACGGCGGGGGGCCGGGAGCGGGAGCGCCCGCGGGGACCGGAGGCGGCGCCGCGGGCGCGGGGAGCUCAGAGGCCAAGUUACAGAAGUUUGACGUAUUCCCCAAGACGCUGCUUCAGGCAGGCCGCGCAGGCAGCCCGCAGCCGCCGCCGGGAAAGCCCUUAUCACCCGACGGCGCGGACUCUGGUCCCGGGACAUCGUCCCCAGAGGUGCGAGCGGGCUCGGGCUCGGAGAACGGCGACGGCGAGUCCUUUUCUGGGUCGCCCCUGGCCCGGGCCUCCAAGGAGGCAGGUGGCAGCUGCCCAGGCAGCGCUGGCCCCGGAGGCGGCGGCGAGGAGGACAGCCCGGGAUCCGCCAGCCCUCUGGGUUCAGAAUCCGGUUCCGAGGCCGACAAAGAAGAGGCAGAGGCCACGCCCGCGCCCGGGCUGGGCGGGGGCCCGGGUCCACGGCAGCGGACGCCGCUAGACAUCUUGACGCGCGUCUUCCCGGGCCACCGGCGGGGUGUCCUGGAGCUAGUGUUGCAGGGCUGCGGCGGCGACGUGGUGCAGGCUAUCGAGCAGGUGCUGAACCACCACCGCGGGGGCCUCGCGGCCGGCCUAGGCCCCGCCGUGCCCCCCGAUAAGGCCGCGGUGGGGGCAGCAGCAGCAGCGGAUGACGCGUGGCCUGGCCGCGUCGACGCCGCGGCCGCCGGGGGGCCGGGGCUGCCCGCGCCGCUGCAGGCGGGCCCAGCCGCACCUCCGCACCACAGACCUUUGCUGGCCGGCGCCAUGGCGCCCGGGGCGCUGGGCUCGCUGAGCAGCCGCUCGGCCUUCUCGCCACUGCAGCCCAACGCCAGUCACUUCGGCGCCGAUGCGGGCGCCUACCCGCUGGGCGCGCCGCUUGGCCUCAGCCCCCUGCGCCUGGCCUACUCGGCGGCGGCGGCGCACAGUCGCGGCCUGGCCUUCAUGGCUCCCUACUCCACCGCCGGCCUGGUGCCCACACUCGGCUUCCGCCCGCCCAUGGACUACGCCUUCAGUGAUCUCAUGCGCGACCGCUCGGCCGCCGCCGCUGCUGUGCACAAGGAGCCGACCUACGGCGGCGGCCUGUACGGGCCCAUGGUCAAUGGCGCCCCUGAGAAGCAGUAGGGCGAGCGGCCCGGCAGUCGGGCGGCCCCCAAACAGGGACCCCAGGCUUGCCCCGCGGGCCGCCGGCCCGUCUUUGCCUGGUGCGCUCUCUGCGCCCCGGCUGGGAUCCUCUCGCUCCAAGGUGGUUUUCAGUUUUGUUUUGGACGGUGGGUAGGGAGAGCUGAGCAAAGAGGAGCAACUUCAGAUGCAGAUGUUCUCGGAGGGGAUGUGAGACCCCCCAUCCUCGUCCCGCGACCCCAUCAAGGCUCCCCAUCCCUUCAGAAGGCCGGGAAUUCUUGAGAAUUCAGAGGCUGCAGCCGCCGCGCAAGCUCCUGCCUCUCCUGUCACUAUGCUCGUCACACCUGCCCGCGCUCCCAAAUGGCUGGCAGGAUAGUCCCGGGAGUCUGUGUUCUGUGUCUGCCCCUCCCUUAAAAAAAUUUUAAUAUUCGCUCUAACAAAUAUAAAUUUAGGAUGUAUAAAUCUCUUGGCACUGAGUCGAGUCUUUGGGACACACAUAUAUAUCGAUAUCAAUUG